AUGCCAGACAAAGACUCCUCAACCCCCCGAGUCUUCCUCAUCCGGUAUUCUCCCCCUUCCCGUCCCUUACCACAAUCUCUCUCUCUCUCUCUCUGACACUCCCCCCAACAAAAGCCACGGCGAAACCCUCUGGUCCCAAUCCGGGCAAUUCACCUCCAAAACAGACAUCCCCCUAACCCCCCACGGAGAAGCUCAAGUCCUCUCCUCCGGAAAGACAAUCUACGGCCACUCCAAGCUCAUCGACCCGGCAAAACUGGCAAAAAUCUACAUCUCCCCGCGAGAUCGCGCCAGGAAAACGUAUGAACUCCUGACCGGCCAGACCUCCGGCUACGAGGUCACGGAAGACCUCGCGGAAUGGGACUAUGGUGAGUAUGAAGGGUUGAAGACGAAUGAGAUUCGGGAGAAGCGGAAGGAGGCGGGAUUGGAUCGCGAGGUUCCGUGGGAUAUUUGGAGGGAUGGCUGUGAGGCUCAUGGGGGAGAGUAUGUCGUUUACCCUUCAUUUUUGCUCCCCCCCCCCCCGCAAACGGUCUCCAGUCAGUGCUAACAAUUUCUUCUUUCUUUUCCUUCUUUCUAGAUCUCCUGCUCAAGUCACAGCCCGCAUCGACUCUCUCAUAUCCGAGAUUCGUGCCCUACAAGCUCCCCAUAUGAAAGACGACCAGCCUAAAGACGUGCUCCUCGUGGCUCAUGGGCAUCUGACACGAGCUUUCGCCAAGCGAUGGUUGGGCUACGACAUGUCUUUCCCGCUCAGCCUCAUGAUGGAACCUGGUGGAGUAGGUGUCUUGAGUUAUCAACAUCACGCCAUUGACGAACCAGCACUGCUUUUGGGCAUCGGGUUCCCAUUGCAGGCAAAAGACUGA